CUCGCUCCGCAGCUGUUACGCUCUCCUCCCCCAGCUUCAUUUUUCUUCUUUAUAAGCAAAUAGUAGCAUCCGUAAUCCGUCCGCCCCAACACCUUGUCUUCUGCUCAUACAGAUCGGCCGCCACUUCUUUCUGUACAAGAGAUAGAAAAUGGACGAGGGAGACCAAGUCCGCCACACCGGCGGAGCUUCAGCUUCGAACCAGCGCAGAGUGGGCGGGACAAGCAUACACAUCACGGCCCUUGACGGCAUCACCAACGUCAACUCACUUUUCACCCUAGCCGUCUUUCUCGGCCUGGCCUGGAACCCCUACGAUCCAACGGACGGUGGUGUCUCCGUCGGCGACUGCGCCGCCGGGCCGCACAUCCUCGAAAACCUAGUUUCCUUUCAUGUAUUCUCUUUCGCUUCAUUUCUGUUUUCCAGCCUCGUCGCUCUCUGCCUUAAGCAAGCCAUCCGCCUCGUCCCCCCGCCCUCCCGCCCCUUGACCGACCGUGUCAACCGAGCGCUCCUCCGUGCCGGGAUUAUAGCUUCCGCCAUCGGCUCCGUCAUGGGCUGCGGGUUUCUCAUGAUGGCUCUUGUCAAUGUCGUUCAGAUCAAGCUCGGUAGGCUCGGCUGCGCCAGUGCGGCCACCAUUGGUGCCAUUAUCCCACUCGUUACGCUCAUCCCUAUUGCUAUGCUCAUCUACAUUGGGGUUAUCUUCUAUGCAUUCACAAGCUAGUCAUUGUAUUACUCAUCAAGGAUGAACUGUACUAAGAGUAGCAAUUGCGGUUAAAGGCUGAGGAUUCUUGGCGGUGCUUUCUAUUAUAGCCUUUUCUUCUGGCUUGCUCGCGGAUCCUGCUGCUAGUUGCCUUGUGAGUUUUCUAGAUUACACUAUUCUAUUGCCGUCCAUAUUGGGAAUUUUUUUUUUCUAUUGUUCAACUCUCCUUUAGUGGCUGCUUUUUAUAAGAUGUAAUCUGAUUUUAUUUUGCAAUUAUAAAUGAGUUUUUGGCAUCAAAAAGAUUUUUAUACUGAGCAAAUAGCACAUAUUGGGGUUCAACUUGAUCAAAUAUGACACUUAAAAUUUAGAAAGAAACUCUUUGAGUAA